UUUAAAAACACUUCAGCAUCAACUCUUUAAGAAACAGUCAGUCCUUUUCACGGCGGCGCUUAACCCAGAUUGCGCUUUGUUUGUACGGUGUGCUGUACACCACAGCAGGAGACCAAGUGUCAGCACCAGAAAGGGGAGUGGGUGAAGUUUUCUGCAAAAGUUAACCAAAGCAAAACAAAACUAUUUAUUUAUUUAUUUAUUUAUUUAUUUAUUAUCAAUACUUUUGAAAAGGAAUCUAUUUGGGAGAAAAUUAAUUGGAAAAAAGUUGCUUUUUCUUACUAGAAGAUUCAACUAUUUGAAUCUUUUUUUUUUUUUUUCAUUUAGUGUUUAAGUUAUGGACGAAUAAUCAAAACCAGAAUGGAAAGGUCUGAUCGAAACAAGAAGAAACUGUUUUUUUCAGACACUGAACAAAAAAAAAAAAUAGUCAAAACGUCUGUCUAGUGCUAGUGCACUAAAUAAAAAGGUUAUAUACCUAUAAUCUGCUUGGAUGGGGCAAUGAACGGCUUUAAAGUCGAUGACUUUCUAGCUGGGUGGAUAGGGGGAGCCGCCAGUACUGUUGUAGGACACCCCCUGGAUACAGUGAAGACUCGUUUACAAGCUGGGAAAGGUUACAAAAACACCUUUCACUGCAUUCUGACAGUCUACAGAAAGGAAAAUGUCUCCGGGUUCUUCAAAGGCCUGUCUUUCCCCCUGGCAAGCAUUACUCUCUACAACUCGGUGGUGUUUGGGGUGUACAGCAACACGCAGCGGCUUAUUAGAGAGUCCCGCAGUGGCACAGAGAGGCGUGGUCCUGACCUUGUGGAGCUGGUGCUGUCCAGCAUCGCUGCCGGAUUCAUCUCGGUGGGAAUCGGGGCCCCUGUGGAUUUGGUCAAAAUACGGCUGCAGAUGCAGACCCGGCCAGUUCCCACAGAGAACCUGACCCUGGCAGGCAGUGUCCCUCUGCGUUCUGUUGAGCUCCGAGAACAGCAGCCUGGCUCCAGGGGACCUGUCCACUGCAUCAGCACCAUCCUGCAGAGCGAGGGGAUCCCAGGGCUGUACCGCGGGGCUGGGGCCAUGGUCCUGCGGGACAUCCCGGGGUACACCCUCUACUUCGUUCCUUACACGCUGCUCUGUGACUGGCUGUCCCCAGGGGAGGGUGCUGCCCUCAAACCAUUUUACAUCUGCCUGGCAGGAGGAGUUGCAGGUUCAAUUUCCUGGGUCACGGCCACACCAGCAGAUGUUGUAAAAAGUCGUCUUCAGGCAGAUUCAGUUUAUCAAAGAAAAUAUAAAGGGAUUGUCCAUUGCAUCCUGCAGAGUUACAAGACUGAUGGGCUACAGGUAUUUUUCCGCGGGGUCACUGUAAAUGCCAUCCGGGGGUUCCCCAUGAGUGCCACCAUGUUCCUGGCCUACGAGCUUUCCCUCAGGUUCUUCAGGGGUCUGUAGUGGACUGGGAGCACCCGCUGGCCUCCCUGAGUCUACCUCAGUCUCUCACAUUGCUGAGGACUGGGUGGAGCUUCUCCUCCCCAGGCUUGCAGAAUGGAACACACUGGAGAGAGAGAGACUACGUGCUGGAUGACUUGAGAUUUUAUAACUGCAGGUUUAAAGACUGCGGAGGAGAAUGUGGAUAUCUCUGAACAGUAUAGACCCUGCAUGGCCAAAUUGCUGUGCAUGUGAGGAGAUCAUUUGAGACUUUAAGCAUACAAAUCUUCAUGGGAUUUCCAAAGCACAUCAAUUCAAAGCUCAGUAUAUAUAUAUAUAUAUAUAUAUAUCUUAGCUGGCUAUAGGACGUUUCCAUUACAGUAACUCUAUAGGAACUUAAUAAAGACACUUUGAGAAGAAAAUAGUCUUAGUGAAAUAGUGAAAAAUAAAGUGACAUCUAAAACAGGCAUUCUUUCACUUUGUAGGGCGGAUGGACAGACAGAGAUUAAGGAACCCUGAUGAGCCACCAUAUGAACGGACUGGAGUAAUUAGUAUAAAUUAAGACCUACUUUACUGAUCAAUAGAGAAAAGAUCCAAGUAAUUUGGUUUUAGAUUUAGUAACAGACACAUAUAUUUAUAGUACAAAAAACACUGACAGAUAGAUUCAAAUAAAAUCAUGCAUAGCUUCAAAACAACGGCCGAAGUUGAAAGUAUAGAAUGGUAAUGUUAAAGUGUACCAGCAGAGGGACCCUGUGUUCCACAAUGCAGAACCAGGGUCCUGUGCUGUGGGUGCCACUGCGGCUUGGGGAAAGGAAACCAGUUCUAUUACAUUGAAACUAGAGGGUGCUAUUUCUUUACAGUAUUCGAGAAUAAAAAAAACAAAACAGGCACACAGAUCUUUUAGGAAACUGCAAAAUGCACAGGGAUAACACCGAUCACAAAUUUCAAUAUUUGCAAUAUUUUCGAUGUACUUGUGGAGGGAUGAUAGAGUCGGAUACAGUUCUCCUGCACUUCAUAUAAUGUGUCUGGCUUCAGGACGAGUGUGUGAUCCGCUUCUGUGUGAUAUAAUGGGACUGUGGAAGGAAGAACCUUCACACUGCAUUAGUCAGAAAGUGGUCUUCAGCGCCUUUGUUUUCAGGGGUUUAUUCUGGUGGGGUGGGGUGUGGAAUCUCAUCAUUGCAGAGGAGCAGGGGGGGCAUUGUAAGCAGUGACUGCAGUUACAUUAUUUUAAGCCCAUUCGUCUUGAUUUUGAAUUUGUUUCAGGAUAAAACGGUUAGGGGGUUUGAGAAGUUGCCCUGCCAAGACUUUGAAAAGGCAUACAUGCAUUAUAGCAUACAUAGGAAACUUCUAAUGGUACAGUGACUAAAGUGGAUGAAAGAGACAGUGAAGUUGCCCUACAUGUUUUACUGCUGUGAUGUAUUUUGUAUGAUUUAUUUGAUUGGUUUGUCUUUAUACCAUAUAUUAUGGCACCUUGAAAUCACAUCAUACAGGAAAUAUAUAUAUAUAUAUAUAUAUAUAUAUAUAUAUAUGUUAGUUCAAAGAGCCAGCUGCCCAUAUAUAUGGUGACAGCUUAAGGUGAUGUCUGUCCCUUGGGAUCCUAUUGAAAUUAGAUGUUGUAGCUCUCUUGAUAUAACCUGGAUAAUGAUACAUAAAUAAACUCAAUUAUGACAUGUAAAUGGAAAAAAAUCAGUAUACAUUAAUAGACUUUAGGAUUAAUAAAAUGCCCUGUUUCACUGCAUAUAAGAAAGGCUUAAACAGCAGAGUAUGGCUCCUUGCCUCUGAUUCUACAGAGACAAGGACCCCUGUUAGCAGCUGCCCUGCAAGAUUCCACUUGCAGGAGCUCUGACGAGAAAUAAUCUAGGGUCUGAAUAUUACAGGGCUUUUAACCUAACCACUGAAAAUGAAUUUCCUGCUGCAUUCCAUUCCAUGCUGAGCUAUUUACUACAAGAAAUGUUCCCAGCUCACAGUGAUGGGAUUUAAUGGGGCUUACAGGGAAUGCAAGCAGACACAUGUCCACAUUGCAUAGGUGAGAGCCUAUCUUGAAGACGAACAGGAUUGAUUUAAGCACCAGGCUUCGAGUGCUGAGUGAAUCUUUUUUUUUUUCCUUGCUCACAUAUCAGUUCUACAGGGUGGCAUGGCUUGGAAACUGUCCUGCGGAAAAGAGAACCACUCUUUUUGCUAAUAGCUUAUUGAUAAUAAAAUGCAUCCUUGAGGAUCAGGAAUUGACGACAAUGCCCAUUUGUACUGGAUUACUGCUCUUUCACUGCAGUCCAAAGCUUUUGCUUUCAUUUGGGUUUAAACUAGCAAGCAAGCUAACAGUAUUGCUGAAACAGCAGCCUGUGUUAAAACACAUUUUCUCUGUGCUACUGGUGCACUAGAAUCCUGACACACACCUGCCAUAUCUGAUCUGCUGCUGUCUGCUGGAGCAGAAAACAAGGAUGAGCACCGCACACCUGAGUCUGCGAGCUGCUCCAAAUAGCAAGGGCUCCACGCUGAGCCCUUAUCCCAUUCACCGUGCUCCACAGCUCCCCUUGUUUCUGAUCAGCUGCCGCUAACUAUUGCAGUUCCGCCUCUGAGCAGCAAUCCGAUUCUGUGAUGAAACCUGUCUGCCUUCUUAGCCACCCUCCUGAUAAUAACAAUGCUCUUUUGCACUGUCUGUGCGUGCAUCCCCUCCUGCAUGCACAUAGCUGCUCACGAUCAUGCUGUCCCUUUACAUUUUACCUAUGGGAUCUAAUAUGAUUGAAUUUAUUGCUGAAUUGAUUUUAUUUAGAAACAUGUAUAUUCCAAAGGCUUCUUUAGUUGAUUUUAAAUAUUUGUAAAUUCCUGUAAUAAUUUCAUAUGCUGGUAUUUGAUCCUCUCCCAUCCACCCUGCACCAGGGAAUUAUUUUCGAUUUUCAAGACUAGAAUGGGAAAAAUAGGGCCCCUUUAACUGAAGCUGCCUGGCUAUUCUUGUGGUUAAUAACAUAACAAGCCAAAAAGCUGCAGUUUUCCAAUUUCCCCUAUAGAUGGCACUGUGGCUAUUAAAUAGGCCCUUUCUGAAUUGUAAAUAAAGCAACCAAUUUGCAAAGCUUUGUGUCCAAACUCUUUUUACAAUUGACUCUGCCGUCUUUGCCAGUGUUUAACAAAUCAAAACAAAACGAGACCCAGACAUGGUAUUGCGAUUGCUUUGAUAGUAGCCUGACCAAAUAAACUGCUGCCUGUCUUUAUGUUUUCUAUAGGAUUUGGGAUACAGCCAGUAAUUCCAGUUUCAUCAGGGGCAAAACAUUCAUAUCACAGUUGAAUGUGUUUAUCUUUGUCU